AUGGGCGAAGAACACUCAAAACUCAGUCAGGAUCAGCCAACCAACUCAGGCGCAUCCGACUUCCACACAGAGAAAGCAAACGAAACUGAGAAUGGGCACGCUGGCCAAAAUGAGUCGCGCAAUUCAACCAGCUCUUCAGACACUCGUUUUACUCCAAAGACCGGCUUCACCCAAGGCGACACUUUCGGAAGUCCACGACUCUCACCGCCGUUCGCUCAAGGUGAAGUGCCAUGGUUCGACACAUCAUACAUGAUCCUCGAUAAAGAAACCCGGAAGGCGAUCACUCUUACGGAGGACGGCAAAACCCUUCGACUACGAUAUGCUGAAGACGGCCCCAAUGCGAGCAACACUUUUCUUUGUGUAUGCAGAGACAACUACACCGCCUUUCUGAACAAACGAUCCAGAAGCUAUCUCAGUCAUGACGGCAAAGAGAUCCGGGGGAAAGUGCACGCCGGCGCGCUGAGGCUCAAUAAUUGGGAGUGUUUCGUCCCUCGGGCGCACCCAAGCGGAGGAUAUCAACUGCUGUCACCGUUCAGGCAGAGCAAGAUGAUGUUGCUUGUCAAAACAUCGGCUGGCGAGAUUGAGAGAGCAUAUCAUGGCAAUACUUUGUGGGUGUUCGAGGAAGUCUGA